AUGAGUGUCUGGUUCAUGGUCUGCUUCAAGGUACCCAUGAUUAUCUGCUUCAUGGUCUGCUUCAAGGUACCCAUGAGUAUCUGUGUCAUGGUCUGUGUCAAGGUACCCAUGAGUAUCUGUGUCAUGGUCUGUGUCAAGGUACCCAUGAUUAUCUGCUUCAUGGUCUGCUUCAAGGUACCCAUGAGUAUCUGUGUCAUGGUACGCAUGAGUAUCUGUGUCUUGGUCUGUGUCAAGGUACCCGUGAGUAUCUGUUUCAUGGUCUGUGUCAAGGUACCCAUGAGUGUCUGCUUCAUGGUCUGUGUCAAGGUACCCAUGAGUAUCUGUGUCAUGGUCUGUGUCAAGGUACCCAUGAGUAUCUGUGUCUUGGUCUGUGUCAAGGUAACCGUGGUCAUCUGUGUCAUGGUCUGUUUCAAGGUAACCGUGGUCAUCUGUGUCAUGGUCUGUUUCAAGGUAUCCAUGAGUAGCUGUUUCAUGGUUUGUGUCAUGGUACCCAUGCGUGUCUUCUUCAUGGUCUGCUUUAAAGGUACCAAUGAGUAUCUGUUUCAUGGUCUGUGUCAAGCGGCCAUUUUGGAUGACCAGUCAAGGUGUGGGCGUGGUGAGCGUCUGGCGCUGGCUCUGGCGAGGGAGAACAUCAACAGUCUGAUCGAGGGCCCGUCUGAGGCGAGGGUGGAGGUGGACGUCUACGAGCUGAUCAAGGACUCCCAGUACGACACCACUGAAACCAUGUGUCAGAUCCUUCCGAAGGGCGUGGUCUCUGUUAUCGGCCCCGCCUCUAGCCCCGCCUCCGGGUCCACCAUCAGUCACAUCUGUGGGGAGAAAGAGAUCCCUCACGUGAAGAUCGGCCCGGAGGAAACCCCGAAGCUGCCGUACCUCCGCUUCGCCUCCGUGACUCUGUACCCGAGUAACGAGGACCUGAGCCUGGCCAUCGGCUCCAUCCUGCACUCCUUUGGAUACCCGACGGCCAGCCUGGUCUGUGCCAAAGCAGAGUGCCUCUUGCGAUUGGAGGAGCUGGUCCACCGCUUCCUCAUCUCCAGGGAGACGCUGUCGGUGCGGAUGCUGGACGAAAGCCUGGAUCCGACCCCCCUGCUGAAGGAGAUCCGUGACGACAAAGUGGCCACCAUCAUCAUCGACGCCAACGCCUCCAUCUCCUACCACAUCCUCAGGAAGGCCAACGAGCUGGGGAUGACGUCAGCCUUCUACAAGUACAUCCUCACCACCAUGGACUUCCCUCUGCUGCGGCUGGACGACGUGGUGGACGGACAGUCCAACAUCAUCGGCUUCUCCAUGCUGAACACCAGUCAUUCCUUCUACCUGGAGUUCAUCAGGAGCCUCAACCUGUCCUGGAGGGAAGGCUGCGAUAUCAGCCCGUACCCGGGACCGGCGGUGAGAGACACAUCCACUCUGACACUCAAGGGGGGGACAUGGGACGGAUAG